CCCGACGGCCUGGGCAUGGCCACUCUGGUCGUCACUGUCGUGCUGGCUGUUCUGUGCAUCAUAGUAGUUGGGAUGCGAACCUGGACUCGAAUUCAGACCGGCAAAUACGGACUUGACGAUGGUCUUAUGAUUAUAGCCGUGGGGAUAUACACUGCGUGCUGUGUCUUCACCUGUUUGGGUGUGUACACUGGGCUGGGAACCGCUGAUGGACGUCUCAAUACAUGGAAUAAGACUGAGACUACCAAGAACAUCAUCUUUUUCCAGUUAACCUACGCCUGUAGCCUACCGUUCAUCAAAGCUUCCAUUUGCUUGACGAUGCUAAGAAUUAUCACCGAAAAACCUUACCGGAUCACUAUCUGGGCGGCCAUGGCAGCAUCCGUAGCUAGUGGAGUGAUUGGCUUCAUCGCCGUCGCGUCUCUCUGCCAACCUAUAUCCUUCUACUGGGAUACCUCCAUCAAAGGAGGAUGGUGUGCUUCAGUGUCGAUCAUCACAGGACUCUCAUACAUGAUCUCGGUACUGGCCAUUAUAACCGACUGGACCUGCUCCCUGGUUCCAUGCAUCGUCGUGUGGAACCUGCAGAUGAAGAGUCGGCUGAAGGUGUCCGUCUGUGCUGUCCUCGCCCUGGGUAUUGUGGCGAGCGCUGCAACGGUGAUUCGAUUGCCUUAUUUAAGAUAUUACAACAUUGUGACAAAUUAUGAUUACAAUGUUUGCAACAUCCUUCUCUGGUCCAUCAUCGAGUGCGGCGUGGGUAUCUUGGCAGGCUCUCUGCCUUCGCUACGGACACUACUCAAG